UUUCGAAUUACAAUUCAUCACAAGAUCAUUAGUAAGAACGGCAUGUAAAGAGGGUUUAGAAAAGUUUAAUCACAAGGAAUAUGCCCACAGAUUUCGGAAAGAUAUGAUUUGUGUUACAUUGGCAUGGAUAUAUCUCAGUUGUUUUGCUACAAAGCCAAUAUUUGCAGACUACUGUACUCAGUUAAGCACAAAAUCUUUGUCGAAAAUCUUGGGCCAAGCGUUUAAUCCCCGUUACAUGAGCAUUGAUCCGCCUUUUCUCCAUCAAGAUGGUGAUUCGAAAAGAUCGUCCUAUGAAAUUCCAUUCUAUGCCGAUAAUGAUGUCGUUUCUGUUGGAGAUUUUCCAGCAUGGGAGACAGAUCAUAUUAACUACUAUGAGGAGAAGAAGGCCAUCAACGACAAAAAGGUGAUCAGAGUUCGAAACAUUUUUAAGCAAAAAAGCACUUCGAACGACCAGCUUUCCAAAACAAGACCGUGGGAGUGUGCAUCAAAGCUUACGUGGCUGGAUUUGGGCAUAAAUUACUUUCCCCGUUAUAUACGUUCAGUGGAGUGUAUAUCGAAUUCGUGCUGGUAUGGCCAUUACAAUUGUAAGCCAAAAUCAUUUACCAUAAAGGUUUUGCGGCGCAAACAUGGCUCCUGUAUACGAAUUAAUGAAAAAUUGCUCUUGCUUACAUCGGAACAUUUUUCAUCAGAUUAUACCGAAUUGUGGGUUUGGGAGGAGGUUUCUGUAAAUUUUUGCUGUGAUUGUGUUACGACAACAACUGAUUGAUAUUUUGUAAAUAAUCACGCCAAGUAGUCGGCUUUAAAGGCUCAUUUUGGGGAAUGUAUGCUAUAUGUUAAGUUAGUAUCAGAGUAUGUAACUCCAGAGAAAAAUGAGGAACACGCGUUAUCAGUUUUCUUCUUGAGCAACGGCAACCUGAAAUUAUAUAUGUAAAGAAAUGUAGAAAAACUCUAAAAAUAAAAAUAAUCCACCGUGCUUUAAAUUUAAAAUAAAAGUUAAAUUGUCGAAAUUUCAUAAAUUUC